AUGGCAUCCAAGAAGGAAGUGACGAGUGUUACCAAGGUGACCCUUGGAGUUGUGGUGGCACCAUGCCCGCUGCUGCCUUGCACAGUCAACUGGCACCGGUCAGACCCACCCUGGCAAUGAUUUACUGUGGCUUUGAGAAUUAUUAAUCUGCUCGAUUUAGUGUGGGAUUUGAAGACGAGUCUGGGCUUGCCGGGUCAGAGACAUUAUAAAAUCGCAAUUGCACAGAAUCUCAGAUACAGAAAGAACGAUCGCUGGCUAACAUAUAGCCUAGACACCUGGUAAGGUAACUAUUACUGUUUAACCCUUUCUGGACAAUAUCUAUGGCAUUAGUAGGACAAUCCAUAGACUGGUGGAAUGUAUUUCAAAUAGAUGAAGGUUUCCUGACAGAGGAGCUUGCAAUUAAACGCUUAUUUCACUGGUUUUAGAACAUAAAGUAUAGAAAUAGAUGGCUAUAAAAUCCUUUGACGGUAGUCUGUUAGACCCCUGGGGUUAUCUAGGAGUUUUAUUACUGUUAUUUUGUAUAAAUUCCGAUAGAGUUUAUGUUAUAAUUUGCGAUAUCUGCUCAGGCUGCGCUGUAAAUUAUUUUAACACGUAUUGCAGCUUGAGCAGCAUAUUAGCACAGGCGCACGUGCAGCACUUUGGAAUAAUUGAUCUUUUCAUCAGGUGACCAGGAGUACUUCAAUGCACCUGGAGCACGUGGGACGAUGACAUCACCUUGAAUAUACAAGUGCUGCAAAGGUAAGUGUCCUAUACCUACCUCCACCCCAAUACGCGUUUUCUGGGGAAGGGGAAUGAGGAACUCUCUCUUCGAGAGUUAUUACUCAGUGGUUAAUGGUGUGGGGUAAGCAACUAGAUUGCAAGCUCUUAAAACAAGGGACCAGGAGCUCUUCAAACAAGAGAAAGCAGCUGUUUAUUGUAAUUGUCAUCUAAUUAGAUCUCAGGUGAUACUUGGGUAUGGGUAAUUAAGGGUUUAUUCAAUAAACAGUGAGUUUUCUUGAGCUAAAAAACACAUUGAAUAAUAUGUGUGAAAAUGAAUAAUUGUGGGCUGGGGAACAACCCCACUAUUGAUUACAGGGGGCACAUUUACUGUAUUUGAUGUGCUUUCCUUUCAGGUAUUUCCAUGAAUUAAACCCCAGCCAGGGCACAUCGGGGCAGAAAAUACGUGUGAGAAUACGUAAAUAAUUAAAUUGAUUCUGUCCAGUCUAUUCAGCCAACACGCAGACUGUUACAUUGUCAUCCAGGUCGGAAAAAACUCAAAUCUACGUGUAGCCUUUUACGCUUCUCCGAUCGAAAAAGAAAUGAAAAAUAUUGUAACGCGCUACGGAAUCUGUUGGCGCUAUAUAAAUGGCAAUAAUAAUAAUAAUAACCCAAUACAGAGCGAUUUCCAGUCAAAAAGAGAAAGAUUUUGGCAGUUAUAUUAUAUUUUGGAUCUUCACACUUUCCCCUCAUAUUAACUGUUACAUUCUCGCAUAUUCUAUUUUACAGAAAAUACGUCCAUUCUUCCUUUUAACAGACCUUUACCGAAUCUGUUAAAACCUCCUUUUUAGUAGAUGAUUCUCAGGGUUUAUUCAUCAAAUAGUGACAAAAAUGAAAAAUUUAAGGAUUUUGGUUAAAGAAACCCUGACUUUUGGUCAAAGUUUAAAUAAAUAAAUAAAUUUCUCUCCUCCUCCGUCUGAUUCUCCGCCUCUGACAUCACUCUCCUUAGCUUAGCCAGACGGCACGAGGGGAGGAUAUGAAUAGCACAGAGAAGGAUACCAUGCCACCAUUAGCUGUCUGUCCCCAGGAUGCUGUGCGUGCUGAUUGACAGAUGCCAAUUUUGCACAGAAUUUACUCUAGUCGGUUAGAAACCCCUUUACGGGGCUGGCUAAUUUGAUGCCCCAAUGACACUGCAUGAGGUGCAGUUAUAACAGAUUACAACGAAACGCAGCAUAUACUGACUGUAGGCACCAUAACCGCUUCGGAAUACAAAAGUGGUCAUGGUGUUUGCAGUAACCCUUUAAGAAUGAUUAUAGUUCACCAAAUUUGACCUGAACUUUGCAAUUAGAUUUUCAGUACGUCACAUUUCACCUUUUAGCAAAUUCCUCACUGUUUAGUAAUUAAACCCCUUUUCCCCCUGUGAGAUAUGUCAGUAUAUUUUACAUAAAAGAUAACAUUCAAUUAAACAUUUAUUAAAUCCAAUUAAUGUGUUCAGUGUAUAAAAGCUUUUAGGAAUUUGCACAGUUUAGCUUCCAGUGUAAUUUAAAUUAUUUAACAGAUGUCCCCAGAUUGCCGUGUGACUGAAGUCAUUUUGUUUGUCUGGUGGCGAAUCAGCCGCAGCAUUGAUUAUCAAUGAGAUCUGUUCGGCUGCAUGCACGGUAUUGACUAGCUGGUUAGCUCAACUGAAUGCAUAUUGAUCAAUAUUUAAUGUUUACCGCAGCAAUCAGAAAUCUAUGUAAUAGUUUAAAGGUUUGUGUGAAAUGAUGAGUAGGAUAUUCAUCUUUUCCAAGAGAAAUUUUGAAUAAUCUAAUAUUUUUAAUUAAUUAAAUAGUGUAAUGGUUUAUAUUAAAUAAGACUUUCAGUUUUACCCCAGAAGCUUUCUCUCAAAGGGUCAAAAUGUUAAUGAAUGUAACAGUGUAAAUAUUUCAUGAAACGUUUAAAUAAAUGCUUCUGGUUUCAUUGUGGAAGAAUACUAGCUAGAUUUUACUAAGUGAUUCAAUUUAAAGAUAUUUUUGCAAUACAUGUAGACGCUUAAUUUUUAAUUUAAAUCAAUUUGUAAAUAAUCAUGUGUCGGUCAUGUCGACAGUUAUCAUAAAUUCCCUGCACAGGGUGAAAGAGACCAUAAACACUUUAAUUCGUGAAAACAGAUGAAUGAAGCUACCUGCAUGCUUUUUUUCUCAUGAAUGAAAGCACUCACAACAGAACAACUAUUUCUUUGUAUAAUAUCUGUUAAAUAAGCAUUUGUGGGAAAUGUACAAUGCUCACACUCAAAACAGAGACCCAGGACUGGCUGACAAAACUCAAAACUUAUGCCUCAUUUCCACUGAGCGGUACGGUUCGUGUCGGAACGGUUCGGAAGGGUUAGAAUGGUCCAGCCUAGUCAGGUGCAAGUCGGACCGCCAGGGGGCAUGUGGGGGUUAGACCAAAUGCCUAGCGUGUCAUUUGUCGUGAGCAUUGACGUUUUCCUGUCCGCCAAUCAAUGGAUUGUAUAGUGUGAAGCCAGUAGCUCCGCCCUAACCGUACCGUACCAUUUGCUAUGGAUCUACAUCUGAAGGGGGCCCAGGCAUGGUGUGGUUUGGUUUGGUUGUAUGGGACUCUUUCAUAAUGGAAACACUCAAAAUAGCGUACCAAACCGUACCGACCAGAACUGUACCGCUCAGUGGAAAUGAGGCAUUAGUCACUUCAAAUUUCUGCCAAAGAUACAGAACUAUCUUUUUUAAUUUUAAAGGGACAGUAUAGUCACCAAAACAACUUUAACUUAUUGAAGCAAUUUUGGUGUAUAGAACAUGCCCCUGCAGUUUGACUGCUCAAUUGUCUGUCAUUUAGGAGUUAAAUCACUUUUGUCUCUGUUUAUGCAGCUCUAGCCACACCAAGCCUGGCUAUGACUGACAAGCCUGCAUGAAAAAAAAAAUGGUUUUACUCUCAAUGAGAUGUAAUUUACUUUAAAAGUUUGUAUUUCCUGCUCUGUAAAUUGAACUUUAAUUACAUACAGGAGGCUCCUGCAGGGUCUAGCAAGCUAUUAACAGAGCAGAAGAUAAGAAAUUCUAAAUUAAACAGAAUUUGCAAUAAAGGAACUGUAAACAUUAGAUAUCUCUUUACAGGAUGUGUUUAGGAAUGCUGUACAUGUCACAUGCAGGGAGGUGUGGCUAUGGCUGCAUAAACAAAGGGAUGUAACUCCUAAAUGGCAGAUAAUUGAGCAGUGAGACUGCAGGGUCAUGAUCUAUACACCAAAAUUGUGUAUGAGCUAAAGUUGUUUUGGUGGCUGUAGUGUCCAUUUAAGGAUUUUUUUUUAAACUUUAUUUUUGUAGUGCAAAAGGUGAACAAACAGAAUAAUAUAGGCAUAGACAUAUUAUCAAGAGAAAAUAGAAGUAACAAUGCUUAUUCAAGUAUGUCCUGCUGGUAAUGCACUAUUUAUUUUUGUGUUGUAAGACAAGCAGAUUAAACAAGGUACACAACUUGCCCGAUGGCAUAAUAAGUAAGAGACAUCAGGCUUUUUAGAAAAUGAUUAAAUGCCAUGAACAGUGUAAAAAGAAUGCACAAGCAUAACACAUAGAUAUAUAGCAAACAGAGUGGCCUGGUCGUACUUGUGCCAACCUGGGGCCCUUCCUUAAGUUUUGUGUCAGUCCAACAACUGACAGAGCACCUAGACUAAAUAAAUAAGAAACUAAUAAAGACAAGCAUAAUAGAGAUAUAAUAGAAGGGCUGUAAGAUGGUGCCGCUCAUCCUAUACCUUCCAUGGUUAAUGCACAAUCACGUCUGAGCCAAGGAUGCAGCUCUUUUUGUGGGGAGAGGGUCAGUACCCAUGAUGCCCAAGAGCAUUUCAGCUGGUCUCUCAGCGAGGAAUGUUCGUAGAGUGGACCUCUGGGGUCUAGGCCCGUGGAGUUACAAAAUACAGUUCCCGCUGUAAGGGAAAGUGAAGGUGCUUGUCGACUCCAUUGGGCUACCGUAGAGGUCGCCGUGGUCUGAAGCGAAAUCCGCCAGGGUAAUGCAUUCAGAAACUGGUGGUACUGUGUAGGGAACAUUCGCUGGCUUAGUCUGUUCCAGAAGUCAGCAAAUAUGAGGUUUAGUUUUGUCACUGGAGUGAGGGUAGCACGUGGCGCCUGCCAUCUUAUCGAUUCACGGGCUGUAACAAACUUGAGGGUGGCACUGCCGCGGUUGGUAUGUGGAGAAGUGGAGCCUCCGCAGUUGUGGACCGGGAUCUCCCCCACCGGUCCGGAGGGGGGGAGAGGAGGGAGGGAUAGCAGGAGAUUGCAGCGUGGGUCUGGCAGCUGGCUGUCUGGGAGAGUGGCCGUCUCCCCUGUUCAGCAUCCGCACCAGGCCUCACUGUGCCCCUCGCAGAUUGCAGGCGUGGCUUGAUUUUCUGGGCACUGUAAGCAACCCCACAGCAGGAGAACAGUAGGUUGCAAUUCUGGCUUAACCAGUGCCCUAAAGGGUAAAAUAUUCAAGAGGGUCAACGGCCAAGCCAGGAGCUCUGGCAGAACGUUUCCUGUCGCCAUGCAGGUCAGGCCUCGCUCCCCCAUUUAAGGAUUUUUAAAAUGUUUUUAUUUAAAAUUUGUCAUUUAUAUUAUUGUUCUUCCUAAAUUCAUAAAGGGUGAGGUGACUCCAGUCAGAUCUGUCCAAUUACUUUUUAUCCCAACUGCUGCAGUGGUCUGACCGACCUUCCUUGUGGCUGAGAGUUAGUGUUUGGAGAUCACCAGGUAGGGAAAAUGCUGGGGUUCCAUGCGAUGAUAUGAGCGAUAAGAGCAGAGAAUGAGAGAGUUCUGCAAAGCGAAGCAUUAUUAGAUAUCUCCACAAAUCCCCCUGGAAAGGAAAAUAAAGAAUAUUUAUUGUAAAUAAACAUUCUCCCAAUCCUGCAGUUUGUUUUUUCCCUCUCUUUCAUCGUCACACCCUCCCUGUAGCGCAGACAGAUGGCAUUUAAUUAUGUGCUCACAAAGCAAAUUUGGAAAUGUUUUUGAAAAAAAAAAAGAAAAAGAGAAUUAUUCUCUAUAGCGUGCAUUGGCCACAAUUUUUGAAUUUUACGCAAAAACAGAAAUUGGAAAAAAAAUUCUCAUUCAGCUACGUUUUCUGUUUAGCUAUUGAGGCAUAAAAUUUUAAAUUCACUUCGAAUUCCUGACAAAUCCUAAUUUACAGGGUUAUUCACUAAAAUGAGAAUUGAUUUUCAAAUUUAAGGUCAAACUAGCCGAUGUGGAAAAGUUCUCUUAAUCAGCUGUGCUUUCAGUUCGAUUGCUCUGACCUUACAUUUGAAAUUCACUUUGAAUUCUCACAUUAGUUUAUGUGUUGUGGAUAACCUGUAUAUGUUAUUGUCAGGAUACAACCUUAAUCACCACGGGAUUAUCUUCCACUAUCGCAGAUUAGCUCCUAAUGGGCCUAUUGUGUGGAUGGGAAUCUAAUAAUUCUCCCGUAGAGCAGCGGCCAGUACAGAGUGUUCUUGAAACAAGUUAUUAGUAUGAAGAAGGGCCAACUGUUGCCAAGAGUAAAUUAUUCUGGAUUAUUUAAUCCUGUCCAUUAUCAAUUGAGCCACUGAGGCAUCUCUGCAAACAGUAAACGUGUUUAAACUUGUAACAAACUAAUGUUAUCACUGGUUUUAGCUUGCGAGCCGUGUAUAGUUUCUAUAGCGAGCACUCCACCGAUACGUAUUAUAUAUUAUAAAUCAAUUUACUGAGCAGAAACGCCCAUCGCUCAGCCUAAUCCUUGCCCGGUAUAUAUAGGAGGGAAGUCUCUGGGCUGAAUGAGAAUGAAAUAGGACUACCUUCCAGUGUAAGUAUUUCAGAUUUUCAACAUUUAAACAUUUGAAUCCCUUUUUAAAAAUAAAACGUUUGACUUCAUCAGAAACGAGCUACGUUGCUGCCAAGAUGGCUGAAUCAUUGCCCAAUGGGUCACUAGUCAGAGGGCAGUCUGGUACGCAGACUUUAUUUUAACAGAAUCCGGCUUCCUUCUCGUGUUCUAAUUCAGUUACAUGUUGAUUCUUUUUCCAUUUUAGAUCCAUUGUACGUGCAGUUGAAGAAGAGAGAUCCGACCACGUCCAUUGAGUUGUCGCAGAGGGGUUGCUUUGGUUGAGAAGCAAUUUUUUGUUGUGUCAGAUAGUUGGACUGGCUUGAUAAUUCGUGUGCCCAUUUUCUGGCAAUUUGGCUUUUCAAAAACGGGGUAAGUGAUUAUCAUUAUUAUUAAUAAUUAUUACAAGUAUCAUCAUUUAUACAGCACCAACAUGCUAUAUAUGCUGCAGAGUUUUACAAUUUUUACAGAGAGUAUAAAGCAGCAAUUAAGAGACCCAUAGUACCGUAAUUGUGGCUCGUGUAUUUUCUGGUCACUAAAUAUAAUUUCUCCACGUAUUAGGAAUGGAUAGAGCCACCAAUUGCCAAUCAGAAUACAGCUUUGAUGUUAGACAUGACAGAUUGUAUUUGCCCAUUUCUUCUGUAGCUCUCAUUAAAUGCAUUUUCCCCACAAUCUGAGAUUCAUUACAUUAAAUAAGAUGCAAAUAAACAUAUCAUAACAUUCAAUGUUAUUAGAAUGACAUUACUGACUCUUUAAGAUAUAGGUUUAAUUCCCAGCUCACAUGACUGCGAGUGUGUCUUAUUUUAUAGUAAAAGGCGGCGUUGUUACAAACAGCGAUACUGUCUGGGGGUCCGUCGCUCUCUGUCACAGACCGUUUCUGUGGUCUUUAACCCCCUGAAGGACCAAACUUCUGGAAUAAAAGGGAAUCAUGACAUGUCACACGUCACGUGUCCUUAAGGGAUUAAAGGGAAAAAAAAAUGCCCCGGCCUAUAUUUUGCCACAUCCAGCCCUGACUGUUUGUUAAUUUAUAAAAUAUAAUCCAUAACUAAGAUAGGAAAGUCACCAGUUGUAUAGAAAAAGUGAUUUGGCUCCCAUAAUGCUAAACGAGCCAUCCCACAAUGCAUUGUGCGAAUAUCCACAUACCACCUUCCCAGCCACCAUAUUUGUAGUUUGUGUUUGUCAGGCUUACGGUUUAGGCUUUUUAUUAUUUUAUUAUUUAUAUAGUGCCAGCAAAUUCCGUAGCACUUAUGCUUUGUAUUAAACGUUCAAGAAAGGUGUAAUUUAUUCGUUAUAACAGAUUUUAUUUUUAUUUUUUAUUGUAAUUAUGCAGUUUGAACACUUUUUCCUAAGAAAACUGAUAAGAUGGCAGAAAACCCAUCCCGUUUAUCCGAGGAUGUCCUGGCUCAAUUUAAUCCCACUGUGGCCACAGAAGGCCUACCACAGGCAAAGGCAGCUCCUCUUACAAGCCGUCGGAGCUCUCAAUCCAUUGAAAUGCCCUCACGACCUCUCGUACGCCUUAGAAGUAUUGAUGAGCGCCUUAAUAUUAAUUCUCGCAGAAGUUCCAUUGCCAGCAUUGCAAAUACGUUCACUCGGAAAAACUCUAUGUGCGCCAUGGGCCCUUCCAAGCGCCUGUCUAUGGGACCCUGGGCGCAGUACGGACGAGUUAGUUUCUCAGGACUGCCCUUAUUUCAGCCAAUUAAGGAAGUUCAGAUGGAGAACACCUACAAGACGUGUCCAGACCAAGGCUGCAGAUUCAACUCAAGCAGAGUACAAAGUGUUCUGGAGAACAUUCUAAGCACCUACCUCAGUGACACCAAAUACAGCCCCGCGACCAGUGGCCAACUGACUCAUAACCUGUCUGAUCUCAUACGCAGCAAACUGAAGGAGAUUUGUCCUCCACGCUACAAGGUGGUUUGUAGUGUCUUCCUUGGCCAAAUGGGCCAGCAGGGGGUGAGGAUCUCCAGCCGAACAUUGUGGGACCCACAGAAUGAUAACUUUGCCUCUGCGACGUACACCAAUUCCUCUUUGUUUGCGGUGGCCAUGGCCCACGGAUUCUAUUUUGAAUGACUGUCCUUAAGUUCACACACGAGAUCUUCACUCACAAAUAUAAGCUCUCAUGACCUUGAUAACGGCUUUAAAAAAAAAAAAAAAACAGCCUGAUUUAUUU